GACGUUCCAGAAUUAUGUAAGGGUGACGUGCCGUCAUCCCUCCUCCUAGCAACAACGUGGCUGUUUGUUUUCCUUUCUAUCCUUUUGUGCCUGGAGAAGCCAAAAGGACAUCCAUCAGAGCGGUGCUCGGCAGCGGGUCUCGUAGUAGCCACGGCGCGGGGAUGUCACCGACCUGUGUGCUGGAUGCAAGGCUUGUUGCCAUGGAGAAGCAGAUGCUCUGAGGAGCGGAGAAGGAGCAUCCGAUGACUCACAAAGGGAUGAGGAGAGGUUUUGGAAAUGAAAGCGCGGCAGCAGCGAUGGUCUGAGGGAUGCUUUUAGAGGAGACAUAAAAGAUGAAGUUUAAGAAGUUCAUCACGAUCAUGCAAGCGGCAAUGGGGGUUGUUCCUUUGAACAAACGGGAGCUUCUGCCCCCUGGCAGGAAACUGUGGAGACCACCAGGGGACCAGGGUUGUUCUGACCAGACCACCACUGAUCUGCUCAAGUCCGGCCGUAAGUUGUGCUGGUCCAGAGAAGCCCAGUACCUGUACCUCCGCCGCUUGUCUUCCAGAAGUUUCUCAGCCAUCACCAUGAACCCGGUCAUGGAGGAGACGGUGUGGGAGCAGUACACCGUGACCCUGCAGAGAGAUUCCAAAAUGGGUUUCGGCAUCGCAGUGUCUGGAGGACGGGACAACCCAAACGAUGAGACGGGCGAGACGUCCAUCGUGGUGUCGGACGUCCUGCAGGGAGGCCCCGCCGAGGGACUCUUGUUUGAGAAAGAUCGGGUGAUUAUGGUGAACAACAUGUCCAUGGAGGGGGCUCUGCACUCCGCCGCUGUGCAGACCCUCAGGAAAUGUGGAAAAACUGCAAAAAUUACGGUUAAGAGACCCCGGAAGGUUCCGGUCAAUGUGAUGCCCCGCCCUCCUUCCCCUGAAGUCUUCAGCAAUGACAACUACAGCGACUACAACUACGACCCGGACCGCCGCAGCAUGACCAGCGGGCGGGACAACAGCGUGGAGAGGGAGCGCCGAGGCUACAUGGAUUCUGGCUACCAGACCCGUGAUCGGAACUACGACCGCGGCAGGAGCGCCGAGAGGGACCUGAGCCCCGACCGCAACUACAGACGAGACGGCAGCAGGGGGCGCACUCUGGAUCGCAGCCCCGACCAGCGCUACAAGAGCGAGCAUACGCUGGACCGCGACUACAGCCCAGACAGAAGAUACCGCAGCGAGCGCACCCUCGACCGAGACUACAGCCCGGAUCGACGCUACCGCAGCGAGCGGACGCUGGACCGCGCCCACAGCCCCGACUCGCGCUACAGCCCGGGACGAGGCCAGAGGCGCGACCCGAGCUUUGAACGAGGGCGGGACCGGGACCAGAGGUACAACGAGCCCAUAAGGCGAACUGCCAGCAGGGACCGGCUGGACCGCUCGCCAUCGCCGCCUCCGGCUCCCAUCCCGCUGCCCCGCCCCGCCCGCGAUCUGGAGCCUCUGGAGAAACCUGUGAAUGUGCUGCUGCUGAAGAACCAUCCCAACGAAGAGUACGGCCUCCGUCUGGGCAGCCAGCUCUUCAUCAAGGAGAUGACGAGCACCGGACUCGCUGGUAGAGAUGGAAACCUGAAGGAGGGGGACAUUAUCCUGAAGAUCAACGGCACGGUAACGGAGAACCUGUCCCUCAGCGACGCCGGGAAGCUGAUCGAGAAGUCGCGCGGGAAGCUGCAGCUGGUGGUGCAGAGGGACCGGCGUCAGAUCCUGAUCCGAAUCCCUCCGAUGGUGGACAGCGACUCCGAGCUCGAUGAUAUCUCUGAGAUCGAGUCGUACCGCUCUUACUCUCCACAGGAUGACAGACGAGGCCACCACUCAGACCUCUCUUCCCACUCCUCCAAUGAGAGGCUCCGAGACAAACCCAGAGAGGAGCCUUCUAACAGGCUGGCGAAAAUGGGCGCCAUGCCAACACCUUUCAAAGGUCUGGAUAGACGGGAAGACUCAUCCCCUCUACCUCCAGAGAGGGACGAACCUCGAUCCGAGACGCCGCCAGCGCCAGCGGUCAGCCCAAGGGUUCUCGUUCCCCCGAGGGUUCAGGCUCCCCCAAAGGUGCCACUAAAGCCCAGCUUGGAGGAUCAGGAAGUCUAUGGGCCGAACACGGUGAUGGUUCGUUUCAAGAAGGGCGACAGCGUGGGCCUGAGGCUGGCGGGAGGCAAUGACGUCGGCAUCUUCAUCGCUGGCGUUCAGGAGGACAGUCCAGCCGAGCAGGAGGGUCUACGCAAAGGAGAUCAGAUCGUAAAGGUCAACAGUGUAGACUUCAGAGGGAUGGUGCGUGAAGACGCCGUCCUCUUCCUACUAGAAAUCCCUAAAGGAGAAGACGUCACCAUUCUUGCUCAAAGCAAACCUGAAGUUUACGAGGAUAUUCUCUCAUCCGGACGGGGAGACUCUUUCUUCAUCAGAACCCAUUUUGAGUACGAGAAGGAAACUCCGCAGAGCCUCCCGUUCACCAGAGGAGAGAUCUUUAAAGUCACCGACACGCUCUACGACGGUAAGCUGGGCCACUGGUUGGCGAUCCGAACAGACAAGGACAACCAGCUGCUGGAGAAGGGAAUCAUCCCAAACAAGAGCGGAGCAGAACAGAUGGCCAACGUUCAGAACGCCGCUCGGGCGGCAUCCGGCAGCGACAGAGGAGACUUCUGGAGGCUGAGAGGUCAAAGGGCGGCCAAGAAGAAAGACCUGCGUAAGAGCAGAGAGGACCUGAGCGCCACGCCGGUCACCACCAGGUUCCCCGCCUACGAGAGAGUGGUUCUCCGUGAAGCUGGUUUCAGGAGACCUGUUGUGAUAUUCGGGCCCAUUUCCGACAUAGUGAACGAGAAGCUGGCCGCCGACCUUCCCGACGAGUUCAUCAUCGCCAAAACGGAGCCCAAAGAUGCAGGAAGUGAGAAGUCUUCCGGAGUGGUGAGACUGAACACCAUCCGUCAGAUCAUCGAGCAGGACCUCCACGCGCUGCUGGACGUGACGCCCAAAGCCGUGGACACCUUGAACUACACCCAGUGGUAUCCCAUCGUCAUCUUCCUCAACCCGGACAGCAAACAAGGCGUGAAGACCAUGAGGAACCGCCUCAUGCCCGGAUCCAACCGCAGCGCCCGGAAGCUGUAUGAGCAGGCCGUCAGGCUGAGGAAGACCUGCUCCCACCUCUUCACCGCCUCCAUCGAUCUGAACGCGUCUAAUGACGCCUGGUACGGCAGCGUGAAGGACUCGAUCCGGGAGCAGCAGAGCAGAGCGGUGUGGGUGUCUGAGUCGAAGAUGGACGGCUCAGAGGAGGACCUGGAUCUCCAUGACGACCGCAUGUCCUACCUGUCUGCCAUGAGCGCAGACUACCUCAGCAUGGACAGCCGUCUGACCAGCGACUAUGACGACACGGCGGACGAGGGCGGGGCCUACACGGACAACGAGCUGGACGAGCCGCUGGACGAGCCUCAGCCCGUCUCGGCCAUCAGCAGGUCGUCUGAGCCCGUCCUGCCCGAAGAACCGCGGCGGAUGAAGCGGGCCGGGAGCAGAGAGGUUCUGAACAGGGAGCCCAGCCCCCCGCCGUCAUUCGUCCCUGAACCUCCAAAGCAGGUGCGCGCUCAGACCCGGACCGACUCGACGCGGAGCUACGAGUCCCACUCCAGCAGCACCGUCAGCAGCAUCGACGCGGCGGCCGGAAGCAGGCCGGCCCCCCCGCCGGUGGCCAUGAAGCCCAGCAUCGGGCGUCUGCACCAGUCGUCAGAGGAGAAGGUUCCGGCGCAGGAGCAGAACGAGGACGACCCGGCUAACAAGUCCUUCCUGGGAAAGAGAAUGACCAAUCAGAUCAAAGCGUUUGAGAAGAUGGACCACCUGGCCCGAGCUCAGAGGCUUCUGGAGCUGCAGGAGGCAGAAAACGCUCGAUUGGAAAUCGCCCAGAAGCAUCCAGACAUCUACGCCGUCCCUGUGAAGCUGCCAAAACCCAACCUGAACCGCCCUCAGCCAAUCGGCUCCAACGCUGAGCCGCAGACGGCGUCCAGGCCUGCGUACUCAGAGACGAGAGGAGCGGAGGAGGAGGCGGAGUACCGCCGCCAGCUGAACGAGCAGACCAGGAAGGGCUACUACAACCCUCAGAAGUACAAGGACACGGAGCUGUGAGGCUCCAGCCGCGCCCAUUUACCAGCUUCUGUCGCUCUCUGAACUCUUUAUUUGCUCUAACAUCUCCUGCCACCAGGUUGGGCUUCGCCGCCGCGUUUAAACUCUGAAAGCCGUUCGAGUCUCUGCUGAACACGGAGGGAACUUCCGUCCUGACCGACUCGUUUUCAGAAAGAUGUUCUGGUGUAAAUAUUCACUCUGGCUCUCUGCCUUUUGUUUACUUGGAAUAUAAUCAGGUGGAGCCUCAUCUAGAGGCAAAGAGGAGACGUCCGACACGCCGUUUAGCUGCGAGGCUGAAAACCGAAGCAGAAACUCAGAACCGGACCAAAAUCUGGAGGAUUUUUUAAACCAAUCAGGAUGGUUCUCCUUUAACUGGUUAAACUGGGUUUGAUGAAUAGUUUUCCAGUUUUAAUGAAGGUCGUUCAGAACCUGCAGGAAGCAGAAUAUGAUCCAGUUACGGAGUUAAACUCUCUCCAUUAUUGUUCCCAACAAAAAAACACAUUUUGUGAAUAUAAAUAAAAAAAAAAAAAAAAUUCAAUCCAGAAAUUAGGUAAGAAAAAAAACAUUUUGAUAAAAAAAACGUUUUUAAGUGCAACUUUGCUGUUUUUUUCUUUUUCAAAUUAUUGUUUCUUUAAUUGAAUUUCUUUUUAUAGAUUAUUUGCAUUUUAUUUUACAGAUUUUAUAUUUUCAGGUUUUUAUAAAUUGCUUUUUGUCUUUCUGAACUCUUUAGUUGUCCUAACUACUUUCAAAAAGAAUCGAAAAUAUAAAAUCUGUAAAAACUCAAAGGUUUAUAUAAACAAACAAAAAUGAGAAAACAGCAAAGUUACUUUAAAGUCUUAUUUCAUUCAAUUGUUUUUCCAUUUACAAAAUGUUUUGUUUUUUCUUGCAACAUUAAUGGAAUGAAGCUCACUCCAUAUGGACUCGCUGCCUGAUCUAAAAAACUACAGAAUAAAUCACAGCAUGAAAAGUUUAUUUCAGCUUUUAAUUCUUUCUCCAGCAUCAGAACAGACCAGAGAUGUUUAGCAACCUAAAGAGAUUAAUAAACUAGGCCUUGUUAACCUCCCAGAUAAACAUAAAAUCAUCCAUUUCUUUAUAAAUAAACAUUAAAGGUACAUGGAGCACAAGCUGAGAGCUCGAGAACGUGUAAUAAUCAUAGAAAACAAUCAACUAGAGAUUCCAGGUGAUUGAAAAAUAAACAGAAGUUAACUGUUUGUCCAGACGAAGCAGUGACUAUAGUUUUAUGGAGGGAAAAACUUGAAAAUAUA